AUGAAUGAUCAACAAUUUCGUAUUGAAGAGAUUGCAGGAAGUUAUUCUUGCUCAGCACCAGUUGAGCAAAAGAAAGUUGCAGCACAAAUUGUUCAUCAAGGACUUGCAGAAAGAUUCGGAGAUGAAUACGAUGAAAGUUUUAAUCAAGAUUUGAAUGAUUUGGAUGCAAAUUAUUUGGUUUUUUGUGCCAUGUUUUCGACUAGUAAUAAUGAAAUGAUAGGGACUGGUGCAUUGAGUUUGGAACAUUUCACAUCAAAACUUGUGGAAAAUAAUCAUGAUCAAGAUUCGGAUAAUUCCAAGCAAAGGGAGAGUGAAAAUGAGUAUUGUCUGAGAGUAGGGAGGGUUUCUGUGAUUAAAGAAUAUAGAAGAAAAGGAUUGGCUUUCCAAAUCAUGAAAUAUUUAAUUUCAAAGGCAGGUCAAUUAUAUGUGAAAUUGAAAGAUGAUGAAAAUAAGGUAAUGAAGAGCUGGCUUGUUGUGGAAACAGACACACCCUGGAUUGAAGCAGUGGAACUCUACAAAAAGUUGGGCUUUAUUCAAGUUUGUGAAAGAGAUGGCUGUGUCCAUUUCAAAAAGGAAAUUGAAAUGUAA